AAACUAAACGCGUUUAUAGAAUUUGCCUCAUUUGAAGAUGCUAAGGAAGCUUUAAAUUCCUGUAAUAAAAGGGAAAUUGAGGGCAGAGCCAUUCGGCUGGAGUUGCAAGCACCCAGAGGGUCACCCAAUGCAAGAAGCCAGCCAACCAAGACCUUGUUUGUCAAGGGUUUGUCUGAGGAGACCACCGAGGAGACGUUAAAGGAAUCGUUCGAGGGCUCUGUCCGGGCGAGGAUAGUGACGGACUGGGAGACGGGAUCCUUCAAAGGGUUUGGCUUCGUAGACUUCAACAGUGAGGAGGACGCCAAAGCCGCCAAGGAGGCCAUGGAGGAUGGGGAGAUUGAUGGCAACAAAGUCACUUUGGACUGGGCCAAGCCGAAGGGUGAAGGUGGCUUCGGGGGCCGUGGCGGAGGCCGAGGUGGCUUUGGAGGCCGAGGUGGUGGCAGAGGAGGCCAUGGUGGAUUCGGAGGCCGAGGCCGGGGAGGCUUCGGAGGGCGAGGAGGGUUCCGAGGCAGCAGAGGCGGUGGCGGAGACCACAAGCCACAAGGAAAGAAGACGAAGUUUGAAUAAU